GCGUUGUGUUUGCAUAGGUGAAUCAAAACUCAACCGAUCAUUCCUAUUUCUAUCGGCGUUGGAAAUACACGUCUACCUACCUCGAUGGCGUCAACGGCGGUGUCCAAUCCGGCAGUAAAUAACUCCGACAGAUCACUUCUGAGGAGAAAAAAGAAGAAGAAAAUUCCGAAUCAGAACCAAAACCUCAGAAAUCAAGCUCAAGCCGCUCAAACUGAAUGGAAAUCCGAUACUCAACAACAAGCUUACUCUUCCAAGCUUCUCCAAGCUCUCCGCCGAGUCCGAAUCACCGGCGGCGCUGCUCCGAAGGGCGGCAGAGCAGUGCGGGAUGCUGCGGAUAGAGUGCUGGCGGUGGCGGCGAAAGGUCGGACGCGAUGGAGCAGAGCGAUUCUGACCAACAGGAUAAAGCUGAAAUUUAUGAAGAAUAGCGCCAGUCACAAGAGGCAGAGAGUGACGGUGACCACCGGGAACAGCCGGUGGCAGAAGAAGCCGAGAGUGUCGAUAUUGAGGUUGAAGACGAAGAACUUACCGGCGUUUCAGAGGAAGGCGCGUGUUCUCGGCCGGUUAGUUCCCGGUUGCAGGAAGCAGCCUCUGCCGGUAAUUUUGGAAGAGGCGACCGAUUAUAUAGCAGCUCUGGAGAUGCAAGUUCGGGCCAUGACUGCCUUGACUCAAUUGCUUUCUGGAGCCUCCUCCUCCUCCUCCUCUUCUUCUGCUUCUUCUUCCUCUUCCAGCUCUGUUAACGCUCUUAAUCAGCUCGGCUCAAGCCGGCAUCCUCCGGCUAGCUGAUAGCACUAAUUCUCGUUCUUUUUUUUUUUUUUUAAUUUUUCCUUUACAGUUUCUCUUCUCCCUGUCUCCAUCGCUUAUGAAUAUUCUCCUGUCAAAUACUAGUACUGCUCCAACAACUAAUUGUCUAAUAUUCAGUACAUUCUUCUCUUUUUUUUUA